AUGUAUAUUUUUAUAGUUGGGAAUGUGGCAUUUGAUGCUACUGAAGAUGAGCUUAGAGAAGUUAUGAGUGCUGUAGGUCCCGUACUAUCCAUAAGGAUAGUGUAUGACAAAGAUACUGGUUUGAGUCGUGGGUUCUCAUUCUGUGAAUACCGCGAUAUAGAAACCUGUAUAAUGGCUAUAAAGAAUUUAAAUGGAUAUGAACUUCGUGGAAGGGCAAUAAGAGUAGAUUGGACUAGUCCUGAUAUGAGGAGUAGAUAUAACCAUUUAGUCACAUCUAAUGCCCCUAUACCUACUAGUUCAUCAGGUGUGGUAACCAAUCCACCUGGAAUACAAGGUGUAUCUGGCAUUCUAUCUUCCAAUACUCAAAGUACUGACAAUAUGCAUAAUCAAAUUAUAAUACCACCAAAUAAUCAUAAUCAGAAGUCUCAAGAAGACACAUCAGUUAUAUCCUUAGCCCAAAGUCCCAACACUUCUCUUGAUGGGUUAUCUGCAGAAAUUAUCCAGAUAGUACAAAGCAUGACUAUUGGACAAUUAUAUUACUUAUUAGGUCAUAUGCAGAAGCUAAUUAUACAGAAUCCAGAUACUGCAAGGUGUAUCUUACUUGAAAAUCCACAAUUUUGCUAUGCAUUACUACAUGCGCAGUACAUAGUUGGCAUGGUUAAUGAGCCUUUUGUUCCCUUAACACCAGAACAGCUAAGCAAGGCUAAUACUAUAAGGCAGCAAGUUUUAAGUGAAAGAGGAAACCAUAUUUCAGUAGCAAUUAGUGGAACAUCAAAUGACGUAUCUGCACUUAUUGAGGAAAUAAUGAAUAAUCCAAAUCCAGCCCUAGUGCAAGCUCUUGCAUCUAUACAACCAGACCACGUUACUCAAUGGACUAGUGAAGAAAAGGCAAAGAUCUUAGCUAUUCAACAGAUUCUUAGAAAUCGUGGAUUAAUUAGAUAA